AUGGAACAAGAAACAAAGUUUCGAAUCUCUGAUUCACCCGUAAUUUACAUCGACCCACAGAGUGCCCAUGUUUUAGAUAGAGAAAUUGCAUUGCAGAAAAUAUAUUACCGACCUGAAGGUUAUUAUCGGACUGCUGAAAAAAUGAGAGAUGCCUGUAAAAAGCCUAAAUUUAUUCAAUAUGCUUCUUUUAAUGGUAUACAAGAUUUAAAUGAAGUACAUAAAUCAGAUCUUACCCCUCUUUCUUUCGAUAAAAUUGGUAAUCGAAUUUUCAAACAUAGGGGUGUUAUAAAAGAUGUGGCAACUAGAUUUCGUAAAAGUUGUGCUUUAACUAAUAAGUCUUCUGCAUCGUUAGCUAAAAUGUUUAAAGCAAUUUAUGGUGAUCCUAAUAAUCAUCUUACAUGGCCGAAAGUUUUAAUUGUAGAUAAAGGCUCUGAAUACUUAGGCGAAUGUAGAGAUUUAUUACUUAGUCAUGGUGUAAAAAUUAUACAAGCUAAAUCUAAACGUAGCACAUCAAUAGCUGAACGUGAUCACCAAGAAUUUGAGAAACAUGCCUAUAUUCGUCAAGAUGCUGUAGAUUUUCAUUUACCAUUAACGUUAACUGAGAGAUGUCGAUCUUGGGUUAAAGGCCUUCGUAUUAAUGAUGAUAUUUAUAACGAUACUCCCACUCGAUUCAUUCAUAUGUCACCUAAUGAAGCUGUAAAGAGGGCAUUAAAAGGUGAAAAAAUAAUUGCUGAUCCAUCUGUAAAACAUCGAAGACCUAUUGGGUUUAAUGAACCUCGAUUAAGCUAUAAAAAUUCUAGCGACAAAGAAAACAAAGAACCAGGAAUGGGCAUUCAAAAGAAGCGGAAAAAUGGUAUACUAAGCCAAUCCAGCGGACCUAGUGAGAAAGAUAAUGUACCUAAUUAUAUCGACCUAACUGAAUUAGCUGACAAUCCGAGGGUUCAGAACAGCAUUAAUCUUAAAAUUUGUCAGCUUUGA